UGCUAUUUUAAACCACACCUUAAUAACCAGCAAUCUGAUUGGUCAGUUACAAUUUUAAUGAAAUUGAGUGGCUAUAUAAGCAGCAUCAAUUAAAUAGCUGCACACAAUCAGGUUCUUGGGAAGCUGAUCAUAAAGAGAGAAAAAUAUUGUUCUGACUAGUCACAAGAAAUGGAUCAUGUGGAGCCGCAUAGUGUUGAAGAACAGGCGAAGGAAAAGCUUUUGAAAGAAAAAGUCGUUGAAAAAGGCUUAGAUCUCCCAUCACAUGUUGCUGUUUAUGAAGAAUUUACAUAUGUUGACAAUCACACUGACAUAUACAAGAUGAAUACCGUGCCCCGUGGCUACUGCUUGAUCAUUAAUAUGAAGAAAGGACGAGAGGAAGAAAAUCAGGCAGAUGUUGAGAGUUUGCGUAGCUUAUUUGAAGGUACUCUCAAAUUCACCUUUGAUGUCUAUGAGGAUUUAACCAAAGCACAAAUUGAUGAGCUGAUGCUAAAGGUGCAAGGUGCUGAUCACACUCAGUUGUGCUGUUUUGUUAUGUUCAUUCUCGCUCAUGGCAUUCACGAUCGAAAUGAAUCUGCUUGUUUUAUGACUUUUGAUGAUAUGCAUUAUAAAGUCUCCACUAUUGAAAGGGAAAUCGAGAAUAUUCCUGGUUUAGUUGGCAAGCCAAAGCUUCUUUUUUUCCAUAUGUGCCAACAAAAAAUUUCUGACCAUGGAGGCACAUCUGAUUUUUUGAUAUCUUUUGCAGGCAUUAAUUCUCCUGUCGCCUGGCGUGGCAGAAAUGGAAGUCCUUUUAUUCAGAGUUUAUGUGAUGUUUUCAGUAACCACUAUACUACUAAGGAGGUUGGCCAAUUGAUGGCAAUGGUUGCUGAAAGAGUGGCAGCUACUAGUGUGCAGAUUGCCCCCAAAACCGGGAUGAAAAAUGUGAAGCAACAUCCGGUUCAUAUAUCCACACUCAGAAAGUCUUUUUACUUCGGAAAACCUCCACAUUAUGAUACAUAUCCUCUCAAUCGAACAAGCAUUGACCCUCCACCCACAGUUUCUGAUAGCACUACUAUUGAGCCCAGUAAUUAUACAGGAAAAAUGCAAAAAUGGCUGAAAGAAGGGGAAGUUGAGCUAGAAAUCACUCGUAUCAAUAUGCAUGGUGCACCUGGAGCUGGUAAAACGUGUUCAUUACACCUCCUACUUAAUGAGCCACCACCAUCUUCUACUGAUAGUACACCAAUAGCUUGUCGUGCUGUUCAAGCAACACAAAUAUCCAUUGAUGACAAAAAUAAGAAGUGGGAGAGGGUUGGUAUUAUAAAUUUACUUAACCAGUUAGCGUCUCAUUUUAAAGAAGCACUAACGUCUACAGAUGAUGUACCUAAUCACUCAGAUGAAUUAUCACUGGAAGAACCAACAAGCAUAAAGAAAUCAACUGGUAUGGAAGUAAUUAAAGAAAUCUCAAAUGCUCUUGAAGCAGGAAAGCUUGAAAAAUUAAGCACAAAUUGGGUUUAUUUUAUUGAUUCUGGUAGUCAACUAGCGUAUCGAGAGUUGCUACCUCUUUUUACAAGAGCAGCUGCACUGAAUAUCAUCACCAUUGACCUUACCAAAGGUCUUGAUGAGAAGUGCAAGUUUCAAUAUCGUAUUGAUCAACAUAUGUCUUCUAUUGAUACAGAUCAGAAGUAUUCCAAUCGUGAUAUAAUCCAAUCAACAAUUAGCUCCGAAGCUAUGUUGAAUCCCAUUGAGAUUCCUUAUGUCUCUCGCAUGCCCAAACAUCCUCAAUAUCUCAUACUUGGUACACGUAAAGAGUUGGUAACUGAAGCAAAGCUACAAGAAAUGAAUGAAAUCCUGACAAGUAGCUUUAAUCUUGACCUAAAAAAUGUCAUUCAGAAUGCACCUCAAGAAUCGAUUAUAUUUCCAGUUGAUACGUUGCUCCCUGCUGGGUCUAAGGAAAGAGAAAAAGCUAGUGUAGAUCUUUGUACUGCAAUUUCAAAUUGUGCAGGUGCCAUGACAGUUAUGCUACCAAUUCGAUUGUUUGCUUUUGAGAUUGCACUACAGAUGGAAGCUGAGAAGAAGAACCGAAGUUUCCUUACAAAAAAGGAAGUAAUUGAAAUUGGUAAGUCCCUCCGACUUGAUGAUGAAUCAGAUAUCAAUGAAGCCCUGCGAUAUUUACACAAUGUCACUAUUCUUCUUUAUUAUCCUGCUGUCCUACCGAAUUUAAUAUUUGUUGAUCCCAAACCAAUACUUGAUGUCCUUUCACGUCUGAUAGCUAUCACAUCUGUUGGCCGUGCCGAAUUAAGUUUAAUUGCUAAUCCACCUCUUUCAGCAGAUGAAUUAAAUAGCCUCAAAAAUUUUGGUCUUCUUAAAACAAGUAUUUUUGAAAAAAUUGCGAGGCAAAUUUUUAAUAAAGAUUUUCAACCGUCUCACAUGAUCAAGCUUCUAAGACACCUCCACAUCAUUGCCAGAGUCAAAAACAGAGAAGAAGAAGAUUAUUUUUUUUCGUGUGCAUUAUCAUCUUAUGAUAAGCUCGAUGACCCGCCAACAAAAGUACAACCACUUCUCAUAGCAUGGGAGAUUAACAAGAGUGGAACAACAACUCUAGCCAUUCCUCAAGGAUUAUUUCCUUUAGCCAUCGUAUACCUUUUGGAACAAGAUGAUGUGGCCUUCACUCCAGUAGGCAAAGGAUUCUACAGGUGUCACAAUGCCAUGUCACUUCGUGUUGACACAGAAAAGAAACAAUACUACAUAGAUAUCAUCAAUCGUUACACACAUAUUGAAUUACGUUUUCAUGGUCCCAAGAAAUCUUGUCCACUAGCUUUUGAAUUAGUCACAAAAGCUAUCAAAAAAAGCAGCAAAAAGCUCAAUGUUGACAAAAAUCAUAUCUUGGCAUUCAAAUGCCCCAAAAAUGAACAUUGUUACUGCAUCGUCCAGAAUGAAUUUUUCACCAGGUGUACUCAAUGUCGACAACAGUGUGAUGUACUGCAAGGUGAUGAUGGUAGCUAUAGUUGCUGGUUUAAAGAUACUCAAUCAUUCAGUUCAGGAAAAAUAGAAAAAUGGCUGAAAGAAGGUAAAGUUGAGCUGAAGGUCACUCGUAUCAAUAUGCAUGGUGCACCUGGAGCUGGUAAAACGUGUUCAUUACACCUCCUACUUAAUGAGCCACCACCACCACCUUCUACUGUGGUAGCUUGUCCUGCUGUUCAAGCAACAAGAAUAUCUAUUGAUGGUGAAAAUAAGUGGGAGAGGGUCGAUAUUGAAGAUUUACUUAACCAGCUAGCAUCUACAGCAGUGGAUGAUGCUACAGAUGAUAGAUCUAUAUCUGCUUAUUCAGAUAAAUUGUCACAGGAUGAACCAUCCAAAAAUGAACCAACCGAUUCAGAAGUAGUUAAAAAGAUUUUACAUGCUUAUAAAACAGGAAAGUCUAAAAAAUUAAGUAGAAAUUGGGUUUAUUUUAUUGAUUCUGGUAGUCAACUAGCGUAUCGAGAGUUGCUACCACUUUUUACAAGAGCAGCUGCACUGAAUAUCAUCACCAUUGACCUUACCAAAGGUCUUGAUGAGAAGUGCAAGUUUCAAUAUCGUAUUGAUCAACAUAUGUUUUCUAUUGAUACAGAUCAGAAGUAUUCCAAUCGUGAUAUAAUCCAAUCAACAAUUAGCUCCGAAGCUAUGUUGAAUCCCAUUGAGAUUCCUUAUGUCUCUCACAUGCCCAAGCAUCCUCAAUAUCUCAUACUUGGUACACGUAAAGAGUUGGUAACUGAAGCAAAGCUGCAAGAAAUGAAUGAAAUCCUGACAAGUAGCUUUAAUCUUGACCUAAAAAAUGUCAUUCAGAAUGCACCUCAAGAAUCGAUUAUAUUUCCAGUUGAUACGUUGCUCCCUGCUGGGUCUAAGGAAAGAGAAGAAGCUAGUGUAGAUCUUUGUACUGCAAUUUCAAAUUGUGCAGGUGCCAUGACAGUUAUGCUACCAAUUCGAUUGUUUGCUUUUGAGAUUGCACUACAGAUGGAAGCUGGGAAGAAGAACCGAAGUUUCCUUACAAAAAAGGAAGUAAUUGAAAUUGGUAAGCCUCUCCAACUUGAUGAUGAAUCAGAUAUUGAUAAAGCUCUCCAAUAUCUACACAAUGUCACUAUUCUUCUUUAUUAUCCUGCUGUCCUACCGAAUUUAAUAUUUGUUGAUCCCAAACCAAUACUUGAUGUCCUUUCACGUCUGAUAGCUAUCACAUCUGUUGGCCGUGCCGAAUUAAGUUUAAUUGCUAAUCCACCUCUUUCAGCAGAUGAAUUAAAUAGCCUCAAAAAUUUUGGUCUUCUUAAAACAAGUAUUUUUGAAAAAAUUGCGAGGCAAAUUUUUAAUAAAGAUUUUCAACCGUCUCACAUGAUCAAGCUUCUAAGACACCUCCACAUCAUUGCCAGAGUCAAAAACAGAGAAGAAGAAGAUUAUUUUUUUUCGUGUGCAUUAUCAUCUUAUGAUAAGCUCGAUGACCCGCCAACAAAAGUACAACCACUUCUCAUAGCAUGGGAGAUUAACAAGAGUGGAACAACAACUCUAGCCAUUCCUCAAGGAUUAUUUCCUUUAACCAUCGUACACCUUUUGGAACAAGAUGAUGUGGCCUUCACUCCAGCAGGCGAAGGAUUCUACAGGUGUCACAAUGCCAUGUCACUUCGUGUUGACACAGAAAAGAAACAAUACUACAUAGAUAUCAUCAAUCGUUACACACAUAUUGAAUUACGUUUUCAUGGUCCCAAGGAAUCUUGUCCACUAGCUUUUGAAUUAGUCACAAAAGCUAUCAAAAAAAGCAGCAAAAAGCUCAAUGUUGGCAAAAAUCAUAUCUUGGCAUUCAAAUGCCCCAAAAAUGAACAUUGUUACUGCAUCGUCAAGAAUGAAUUUUUCACCAGGUGUACUCAAUGUCCAGUACAGUGUGAUGUACUGCAAGGUGAUGAUGGUAGCUAUAGUUGCUGGUUUAAAGAUACUCAAUCAUUCAGUUCAGGAAAAAUUGAAAAAUGGCUGAAAGAAGGUGAAGUUACACUAAAAAUCACUCGUAUCAAUAUGCAUGGUGCACCUGGAGCUGGUAAAACAUGUUCAUUACGCCUCCUACUUAAUGAACCACCGCCAGCUUUUACUAAUAGUACACCAAUAGCUUGUCGCGCUGUUCAAGCAACACAAUUAUCCAUUGAUGAAGAAAAUAAGACGUUGAAGAGGAUUGAAGAACAAGAUUUAUAUGACCAACUAGCAGCUCAUUUAAAAGAAAAUGAGAAAAUGCCUACAGAAAAUGAUGAAGCACCAAUGUCUGAAGAUGAUGAUAUAUCUGAUAGUUCAGGUGAAUCAUUAAUGGAAGAAUCAACCACAAUUGAACUGCCCACAAAUGAACCAGUCAAGAAUGAACAAUCUGAGAACGAGCCAGUCAAAAAUAAACCAGCCAAGAAAAAACCAGCUGAAAAUAAGCCAAUUGAAAAAAAACCAAUUGAAAUGGAAGUAAUUCAAAAAGUUACAGAAGUUCAACCAACUACAAAUACUACAAAAUUAAGCACAAAUUGGGUUUAUUUUAUUGAUUCCGGUGGUCAACCAGCAUAUCGAGAGUUGCUACCUCUUUUUACAAGAGCAGCUGCACUGAAUAUCAUCACCAUUGAUCUUACCAAAGGUCUUGAUGAGAAGUGCAAGUUUCAAUAUCGUAUUGAUCAAAAUGAGGCACCUAUUAAUACAGAGCUGAAGUUUUCUAAUCUCGAUAUAAUUCGCUCAACUAUUAGCUCCGAAGCUAUGCUAAAUUCUAUUAAAAUUCCUUAUGUCUCUGAGUCUGACAUGCCCAAGCACUCUCAUUAUAUUAUACUUGGUACACGUGCAGAUGACAAGUCAGUGACUAAGGAAAAGCUAACAGAAAUGAACGAAAGCCUGAGAGAAUAUGAAUCUGAUGAUAAAGUCAUUAAGCAAAAGCAGCAUUCAGACUACUCGGUUAUAUUUGCAGUUGAUACGUUGCUCCCUGCUGGAUCUCAAGGAAGAGAAAAGGCUAGUAAAAGUCUUUAUGAUACAGUUGCAAAUUGUCAAGUUGAAAUGAAAGUUACGCUACCAAUUCGAUUGCUUACUUUUGAAGUUGCACUACAGUUAGAAGCUAGGAAGAAGAAGGAACGGAGCGAACAGAGUUUCCUUACAAAAGAGGAAGUGAUUAAGAUUGGUAAGCCUCUCCGACUUGAUGAAUCUGAUAUCGAAGAUGUUCUGCAAUAUCUACAUGAUGUCACUAUCAUUCUUUAUUAUCCUGAUAUUUUAGAGAAUAUAAUAUUUGUUGAUCCUGAGCCGAUUCUUGAUGUCCUUUCACAUCUAAUAGCUGUCACAUACAUUGACCAUGAAAAGUUACAUUUAAUUGCUGACGAAAUACAGGUUUGUGAAAGAAAUGAGCUUAUAAAAUCUGGCUUUUUUGGAAAAGCUCUUUUAGAAAAAAUUGCAAAAAAACAGAAAAUUUUAAAUGAUUAUUUCCAAUUGUCUCACAUGAUUAAACUUCUAAAGCACCUCCACAUUAUUGCUGAAGUGAAAAAUAAAGAAGAAAAGGUUCAUGUCGUCACUGACAUUGAAAAAAAAGGAAAAUAUUUUUUUCCGUGUGCAUUACCAUCUUACAACAAGCUCAAUCCCACUCCAACAACAAUACGACCACUUCUCAUAGCAUGGGAGAUUGACGAUAGUGACACAACAACUCUAGCCAUUCCUCAAGGAUUAUUUCCUUUAACCAUUGUACACCUUUUGGAGGAAAAAGAUGUCAUAGGCUUCAGCCCAGUAGGCAAAGACUAUUACAGAUAUCAUGAUGCCAUGUCACUCCGUGUUUACAAAUACUACACUAUAGAUAUCAUCAAUCGCUAUACACAUAUCGAAACACAUUUUCAUGGUCCCAAGGAAUCUUGUCCACGUAUUCGUGAAUUAGUCUCAAAUGCUAUCAAAAAAAGCAGCAAAGAGCUCGAUGUUGACCAAAAUCACAUCUUUGCAUUCAAAUGCCCCAAAAAGGAAAGCUACUGCAUCGUCCAGAAAGAUAAAUCUUCCACUUUGUGUCCAUGCAAAUCACCAUGUGAUGUAUUACAAGGUGAUGAUAGUAGCUAUAGAUGUUGGUUUAAAGACUCUCAAUCAUCCAGUCAAGUUUCUGAUGAUACCACACAAGACAAUACAGCACCAGCUCCUACUACUCCUGAUGAUGGAGCCACAAGCAAUGCUGGAACAGAAGAAGGACAACCUUCAGCUCAAGUCAACCAGCCACCAACUACUGGAGGAGGCAAUACAACUAUUAUACAUCAUCAUCAUCAUUACAAUAAUCAUGAAAUCAAAAGACAAGAGGAAAAUGUAUCUGAUGAUGUCACUAAAGGUAUUAAAUUCCUGCUGAUGACUGCCACUGAUCUAGAGCUGAAAGGAGUGUUGGAGCGUUUGAAGCCGUUAGAUGGUCGGGAUGAAGUUAUUGAAAAGUUUAAAAAUGGUGUUGAUAUGUACAUUGGAAAGUUUGGGAAGCACCCAGUUGUUGUUGGACAGAGUGCACAUACAAAGGAAGAACAGGGCUCCAUACGAGCUAUAGUAGUCACAAAUAAGAUAAUGGAGAUAUUUAAGCCAAAAUAUAUAAUCGCCAUUGGAGUUUGCUUUGGAAUGGAUCAUUCAAUUAAAGAUCAAGAACCAGUAAACCUUGGAGAUGUCAUUGUUUCUGACUGUAUUGCUAACUUAUAUAACAUUCGUGUGGAACCAGGUUGUAUCAAGGCUCGUAUAACAGAUGCAGACAAAGCAGGAGGCACUCUUGUAUCAUUUUUUAGGAAUCCUCGUAAUGAUAUUGCAUCAUUAAUUGGAAAAUCUCGUGCUUUUAAAAUGAUGAAGCCUAGUUUUGAUAAAGAAAAUGCCAAAGAAGUCAAAGUUCAUUGUGGUCCCAUGGUUUCUACUCCUGCUUUGGUGGACGAUGCAGAAUUUAAGGAGAAAUUAAGAGAAGUACGUCCUGAUGCUCUCGCUGGUGAGAUGGAAGGAGUUGGAAUAUUUCAUGCUGCUAGCAAUGCUCAUCCGCCUAAACCAGAAGCUAUUGUCAUUAAAGCCGUUGGAGAUUUGGCUGAUGGGAAGAAGAUUGAAUACGAAGCUUGGAAGCCUUUCGCAUGUCAGGCAGCUGCAGAAUAUGUUCUUCAUCAUUUAGAUGAUGAUCGUGCAAUUGAUCUGUAGACUGUAGUGUGAACUAGAGUGAAACAAUUGUUUUUAUUAGAACUAUUAGUUUUUUGUAAAUUUAGUUUUUGCCUUUUUUGAUAAAAUUAGUUUUUUGGUCUUAAAUAAUUACCCACU